UACUUCGUUUUUUGUUAUAUUAAGUCAUCCUCAGCAAAGCUUGCAGCAGGAUGUCGGGCCGCGGCAAGCAGGGCGGGAAGGCACGGGCUAAGGCAAAGUCGCGCUCCUCGCGGGCCGGGCUGCAAUUCCCGGUGGGCCGGGUGCAUCGUUUGCUCCGGAAAGGUAAUUAUGCUGAGCGGGUCGGAGCCGGGGCCCCGGUCUACCUGGCGGCCGUGCUGGAGUACCUGACGGCCGAGAUCCUGGAGCUGGCGGGCAACGCGGCGCGGGACAACAAGAAGACGCGCAUCAUCCCCCGCCACCUGCAGCUGGCCAUCCGCAACGACGAGGAGCUCAACAAGCUGCUGGGCAAAGGGACGAUCGCGCAGGGCGGCGUCCUGCCCAACAUCCAGGCCGUGCUGCUGCCCAAGAAG